AUGGACUUUCAGAGUCAUGAUCAUCCUGAAUAUGUAUGUAAGCUACGGAAGGCGCUCUAUGGGUUAAAGCAAGCACCGAGAGCUUGGUAUGGCAAGAUUGCUGAAUUUCUGACUCAUAGUGGUUAUUCGGUGAUACCCGAGGAUUCUAGAUUGUUUGUCAAAGCUAGUGGUAGGAAGCUAGCUAUUGUACUAGUAUAUGUGGAUGAUUUAAUCAUAAUAGGAGAUUGUGAAGAAGAAAUUCUCCAAACAAAGGAGAAUUUAUCAGUUCGUUUUCAGAUGAAAGAACUUGGUCAGCUCAAGCGCUUUCUUGGUCUAGAGAUUGAUCAUGUUCAAGAAGGAAUAUUUCUCUAUCAACAAAAGUAUUCUAGAGAUUUAUUGAAGAAGUUUGGAAUGCUUGAGUGCAAACCAAUUUCGACUCCGAUAGAGCCAACCGCCAAAAUGUGUGCUCAUGAAGGGAGAGAUUUGGAAGAUGUAAUGAUGUAUCGACAAUUGGUGGGUAGUUUGAUCUAUUUAACUUUAACCAUACCUGAUAUUUCUUAUGCAGUUGGUGUGAUGAGCCAGUACAUGCAAAAUCCAAAGAAGCCUCACUUGGAAGCAGUUCGGCGAAUUCUAAGAUAUGUGAAGAGUACGCCUAGCUAUGGUGUUUUGUAUGAGAAAGGUGGGAAUUGCAAAAUAGCUGGUUACUGUGAUGCUGACUAUGCAGGUGAUCAUGAUACCCGACGCUCAACUACUGGUAAAAGGCAACCAACAGUAUCUUUGUCAACAACAGAAGCAGAAUAUCGAGCUACAGCAAUGGCAACUCAAGAGAGCACUUGGCUUAUACAAUUGUUGAAGGACUUGCGUCAACCAACAGAUUAUGCAGUUCCUUUGUAUUGCGACAACCAGUCGGAAAUACGUUUGGCGGAGAAUCCAAUCUUUCAUGCAAGAACUAAACAUGUGGAGGUGCACCACCAUUUUAUCAGGAAAAAAGUUUUGCAAGAAGAAAUUGUAUUAGAACAUAUUAAGACAGAAAACCAAGUUGCAGAUUUGUUCACAAAAGGCUUAGGUGGCAACAAGUUUGAAAGUUUCUACAAGCAACUCGGGAUGGUAGAAAGAACCAAAGCUAGUGUUGAGGGGGAGUGA